GCGGGCUCGGAGGACCUGCGCGGUCUGGAGGAACUCUACCUGGAGGGCACCACUUCGCCCAUGUCCUGCGACAACACGGUCCAGGAGGCGGCCGCUGAUCUCAGCACCGCCAAACACUAACCGCCGUAAUGGAGGGGCUAAGGGAUCUGACCACGGUCAAGAUCCUGAAUAAAGGGGGGGGUAAGGCACUAGUCAUCUCAUCAGCCUACCUUCCCUACGAGGCGGCGGAUCCCAUCACCACACAACUGCGGGAUCUUGCUGACUACGGCAGCCGGGCGAACACUGAACUGAUCAUCGGCUGCGAUGCGAACGCACACCACGUCAUCUGGGGAAGCUCGGAUGUCAACAGAAGAGGAGAGAAGGUACUGGAAUUCCUGGUAAGCUCUUCACUACAACUCUUAAAUAAAGGCAAUGAGCCGACAUUCGUCAAUGCUAGGCGAGGUGAGGUCAUUGAUAUAACGCUAGCGUCCAACAACGCAAGUAAUAAAGUUAGUUCAUGGCAUGUCUCUGGGGAGAUUUCUUUAUCGGACCAUAGAUAUAUAUGCUUUAGGUAUACCACUAAAAUCAAAGUAGAAGUUAUACUAAAACGGAAUCCCAGGAAUACCAACUGGUUAUCGUUCAAGGAUGACCUUAAGGCGGACCUGGGAAACCCCAAUGGUAAGCUAAACUCUAUUAUUGACAUAGAACUUGAAGCUGACAAAAUAGGGCAAGCCGUCCAUACGGCUUGGACAAAUAACUGCCCGGAAAAGAAAAUCCUGGCGAAGAAGGUACCCUGGUGGAAUCCGGAGAUAGCAAAACUCAGGAAAGAAACUAGGGCUGUCUUCAACGAUGCCAAAAGAAGUAAUGAUUUUGAGCUCUACGCGCGAAAACUCACAGAAUAUAGCAAGGCAGUGAGGAAAGCGAAAAGGAAAGCGUGGAAAAACCACUGCGAUCAAAUCGGUUCCAUUCCGGAAGGCAUGAGACUCACGAAGGCACUAGCCACAACGAAGUCAGUCCCACUCACCUCUAUUAGAAGGAGUGAUGGUGGAAUGACUGAAACGGGGCUAGAGACCCUCAAGGUGAUGUGUGCCACACAUUUUCCAGGCUCGAUAAUAAAUCAGAGUGUACCAGACGAUGAACCAAUUAGUGUUACGGAACAGUGCACUCGCACGGCCAGGCAUAAUUGGGACACGUCGAAAAAGAAUUAG